AUGGCCCUUAACCCCCACCACGCGCCGGGCGGCGCGACGCCACAUCUACUGCUCUCUAGUCCGCCGUCGGUCGCCGUCCAGGGUUCCCCACCACCGCCCCCGCUGGCUGCUCACAUACCCUUAGCAGUGGACGAGCAGACCGCACAGCAAAGCCCUGAUCAAGUUGUCGUCCACGAUUACUGGGUGUGCUGCGACAAGUGUGACAAGUGGCGCUUGCUAACCGCGCGGAGCUACGACGCGGUGCAAACUAUCGAUGAGGUGUAUUGUGCGGACCUGCGCGGGUGCCACUGCGACCAGCCACCGGACGACGCCCCCGGGAAUGCGCAGUACUGGAGCCGGCGAGGCGGAUAUGCAAGAAAAAAACUGUGUGAGUGUAAGUCUGUAAUGCAAACAAGCAUGGAACACACUUACAAUUGUCAUGCUAGCAAGGCGUGAAGUCCUAUUUCGUGUGUGUUUUCACGUACUAGGUGGCUUUGCAUGACAGGAUUUCUUUGUCAUGCAGAGCAAAUUUGUCAUGCUGUAACCCGACGACAGCUGCCCACACUAAUCCGGUUUUUUUCUUUGAUAGCGGACGGGAACUCGAGACCAUCGCGAAGGAACUGGAUAAGCUGAAACGAGAGCAACAAGCUGCAGUAGAGCUCGCUGCUGCUGCUGCUGCUGCAUCCAAUAAUUCACAAAAGAACAAUUCGGCGACCGCCCGAGCAGGUAAGGCGCAUUAUAUGCAGCCGGUCGCACAACAAGAUCUUACUCAUCGGGGAGCAGCUCUACUUUCAAACAUGAGCGCCGCAGCAGCUUCAGAGCCACAGUUGAAGAAGCAAAAGCUGGAAAUGAGAGCAGCGAACGAGACGUCUGGAGGUAGUUCUGCACCGAAAAAUAACCCCGCGGUCGUGGAAAAUAAAAGGAAGCCGUCUACUUCGAAGUCUAGCUCGAAAGACGUUCAUCUCCACAAGAACCCAAGCGGACAAGAACAACUCGACCAAGAUACCACUUCAGUCCUUCCAAAACAACGCCGGCUUGCAAACCUCGCCAGUCGACUGGCGGCGCUGCAGCGACGAACGGACGAAGAGGCUAGAACCAAUCCCGAGAAACAUGCAAAAUCCAGGAGAGAGCAGAAAGACCUGCAGGCGGUGCCCUACACGAGCGCUACCCAGAAGGAACUCCGGCAGAAGCUGAUGCAGCAGUCCAGCGGCCGCAGCGGCGUGAGCGAGGUCAGACAGUGGAUUGUGCGGAAAGCUCUGAAGGCCCUGAGAACGUUCGAAACGGAAGAAUUUCCGCAUUUCGUCGCAAAGGCAAGAGGAGGAGGUGGGAACACGAGCAGAACGAAGGCCGAUAUCGAAAGAACGGGGGCCGGAGAGGAAAUUCUUGGCGCCGGCUACUUGGAGCUGCUGGGCGACGUGUUGCGGUUGAUCGCGGAGCACGUGCGCGAGUUUUCCGUGGUAUAUGAAAGUGCGAUAGAGAAAAUUCACAACUGUCUGCUCUUUCUUGGGGUUGCAGGGCGAGUAGGUAGUGCAGAAGUAGUGGAUAAGCCAGAAAACAAAACAAAUGAACCGACUAAGCUUCUACCUGGGGAAAUUGAUACUUGUCAUGCCAUCGUGCAGCAUAAAAUCAUGCUCCUGCGGGAAAUGCUGUCUACUGUAAUAGCGACAUAAAAAUUCUCUACAAAAUGUAUCUACUACGAAAUCACGGAAAUGGUACUGCGAAUUGAUUAUCCUGCGCAAGUCGACGAUGUUGAAACACUAAAAAAUGUAAUGGCGACACGGAAAAGAAAACUCUACAGGUGUUUCAAU